AUGCCGGUGGUUAUCGGCUUUGAAGGGAGCGCCAACAAGAUCGGUGUGGGGAUUGUGCGGGAUGGGGAAGUCCUCAGCAACCCCCGGCGGACAUAUGUCACUCCUCCGGGGCAAGGUUUCCUGCCAGGUGACACCGCGCGUCACCACCGGUCCUGCGUCCUGACCGUCCUGCAGGAGGCGCUGCGUGAGGCUGGGCUGAAGCCAUCAGACAUUGACGCUGUGGCUUUUACGAAGGGUCCAGGCAUGGGCGCCCCUUUGGUGACGGUGGCGGUGGUAGCCCGGACGGUAGCUCAGCUGUGGGGGAAGCCUCUGCUGGGGGUCAACCACUGUGUGGGGCACAUCGAGAUGGGGCGGCUGGUGACUGGUGCCCAAAAUCCAACAGUGCUGUAUGUUAGCGGCGGGAACACUCAGGUCAUUGCCUAUUCAGAGCAUCGCUACCGUAUAUUUGGAGAGACCAUCGACAUCGCUGUCGGCAACUGUCUGGACCGCUUUGCCAGGGUGCUGAAGAUCUCAAAUGACCCCAGCCCAGGCUACAACAUCGAGCAGAUGUCCAAGAAGGGUCAAAAGCUGGUUGAACUUCCAUAUACGGUGAAAGGCAUGGACGUCUCUUUCUCUGGGAUCCUGUCCCACAUAGAGGAUGUGGCCCACAGAAUGUUAGCUGCCCAGGAGUGCACGCCAGAGGACCUCUGCUUCUCCCUACAGGAGACACUGUUUGCUAUGCUGGUGGAGAUCACAGAGCGGGCCAUGGCGCACACCGGCUCCCACGAGGCGCUGAUCGUGGGCGGAGUCGGCUGUAAUGAGCGGCUGCAGGAGAUGAUGGCCAUCAUGUGCCGGGAAAGAGGAGCAAAACUCUUUGCGACAGAUGAGAGGUUCUGCAUUGAUAAUGGAGCCAUGAUUGCACAAGCCGGCUGGGAGAUGCUCCAGUCAGGGCACGUUACACCUCUCGAGGAUUCAUGGAUUACACAGAGGUAUCGUACCGACGAAGUGGAGGUGACGUGGCGCGAUUAACCCCUUCCCUUC